CGUUUUAUUUUAUGAGUUAUAAUUGACAUGAUGAUUUUACUUUAGAUAAUUUGUUUCAAAAGCCCGAAAUAGAUAGCAGAGAAACAGAAAAUAAGUCUCGUCGACUAUAAAAGUGAUGAAUAAGAAGUUGCUGAAAGAUACGACUCUCCAGAACUAGUAAUAGAGGAAGAAGAGGUUUUAGAGGAACCUGACAAGAAAGAAAUAGAUGCCAAAAACAAAGAGCAGAAGAAGUUAAAAAUAACAGAAGAUGUGACAAUUAAAACACCUAAUCGUCACGAAUUCCUGUUCAAAGCUGCAGAGGAACUAAGACAGAAGCAGCAAAUAAGUCAAGUUGAGAAGCUAGCCAAAAUUAGUAAACAGGCAGCUAACUCAAACAAAAUCGCAGUUUAAAAGCCUAAUCCUUGAAGCAGGUGAUGUUGAUGGCCAGAGAUAUGGUCAAUACUCUGGCUCAAACAUCCAAAGAUAAUCGAGAGGCACAGAGGAUUCGUUAUGAAUCACUGAAGAAUUUCCCUGAUUGAAUUUUCUGAUGGUAACAAAGAAAUUUACAGAGAAACAGGUUUUCCUGUAUUACCAAAUAUCUACAUGGAGUAUUUGGGGGACGUAAGAUUCUUCCACGAGACCUACAACGUGGUAUCAUAUAUCAACUUGGAUGAAUUGACAUUCCAGGAAUCCGAAAUCAUGAAAGGACUCAACAUGGUCAACACGUUUUGUAACGAAAAUUGUACUGAAGCGAAUCUGAUAAAGAAAAUACGUAAUCAAUUUGAGACAUUUAGACAAGAUAAGUAUAAACUGUUUUCUGCUAUAGGAGUUCGAAAUCUAGUUAGAGAAAAGAGAGGUCUAUUCAAUUUUGUCGGUCAACUUUCCAAAAUUUUAUUCGGAACUAUGAGUUCAGAUGACGCAAUUUAUUACAACAAUGAAAUUGAUGCUAUUCAUAGGGAUAAUAAAAGAAUAAGUGAAUUAUUUCGAAAUCAAACAUACAUAUUGCAAUUAACUAUUCAUAAAACUGAAAGCCUCUUUAGAGAACAUAGUGAAAAGUUUAAUAAAAUAAAUUCUAAUUUUCAAAGUAUUGAUAAAAACAUUCAAAAAAUCUUAGAGACUGAAAAUAUCAUUCAAAAAGAUACUGUAAUCACAGAUAUUUGCUUAGAAAUUGAGUUAGCCCUAAUUGAGUUUAGUAGAAAUGUUAAUAUGAUAGUUCAAUCUAUUAGUUUUGCAAAAAUUGGUCAAAUAAAUUCCCAAUUAUUAACACCAGAUUUACUCAUGAGUUCAAUAAAAUUGAUAAAAGACGAAAGGGGAGCAAACGAAAUGCCAAUUGCUCUUCAUCAAGGCAACUAUUUUGAAUAUUUAGAAAUAAGUGACGUAUCAAUAAGUGUAAUAGGAUAUAGAUUUGUUUAUGUAAUCAAAAUACCGAUUUUAGAAAUAGGAAAUUAUAAAGCAUACAGAGCAAUUCCUGCUCCUAAAUUAAUAAGAAGUAAUCUAUUGGCUUAUAUAUCAAAUCCAAACGAUCAUAUAAUUACUAAUAAUGAAAGACUAUUAUAUACCCCUAGCGAUAAAUAUUUUUUAGAAACUUGUAAAACCCACAAAUCACUUUAUUUCUGUAAAACGAUAUACCCAAAAUACUUUAUUCAAAAACAAGACACAUGUAUGAGCAAAAUAGUAAACGAACCUGUAAAUUUAAGCGAAAAUGAUUGUGAUAUUAAACUGAUUAGUGUAAAAACUUCUAUUUGAAUACAAUUUAAAAGUAAUGACAAAUGGUUAUAUUCGGCCCCUAAACCUGAGACUAUUAAAAUUAUUUGCAAUAAUAAGGUAACAGAUAAAAUUAUAAACGGAACAAAAAUAUUGUGGAUCGCACCUGGAUGUAGUGUUGUCUCUAAUAGUGUCGUACUAAAUUCUUACAAAAGUACAAAUUACGACAAUAAUCAAACUUUUAUACCAUUGAUUAAUUAUAACUUUCACCAAAAUUUCCAAAUGAUCAAUAAUUCAAUUAUGAACCUCAGUUUAUCCAAAAUUUAUUCAAUAGAGACACCUGAUGUAAAAAUUGAGGAUUUAACUAAAUACGGAACUAAACUAAAUGAAAUUGAAAGAGAAAUUACUACCGGAUGUACGCUCAAUACCAAGAUCUAGCGUUAGAGAGUAGAGACUAGAGACCCGCACCUAAUCUCUAGUACCUAACCUCUUAGUACCUAAUCUAAAAGUGGAUUUCUGAAUUUAUUAUUGAUGAUUUUUUUUUCGCAAUUGCGAUAGGUAACCAUGAACGAACACAAACCACUUAUGAAAAAAUAAUGUUUUGGCUAACUUAUGCUAUGUAUGCUUUAGGUGUGUUAGUUAUAUUAUAUUUAGCUUACAAAUUAAGAAUCUUUCAAUUGAUUAAAUUCAUAGUAAAUAAGUUCUUUUCACUAUACAAUAAGUUAACCAACUAUUGUGUUUCAUCUCCUAAAACUCAACUCAAUAACGACGAAAAUUAUUCCAACGAAAUUCCAAUGAAAACAAUAUGUUACGCAAAUUCUAUUUCUUCAGAUUUAAAUAGCAUUUCAGAAGAUAGUAAACAAAACCAUCAUUCAAAUCAGAGAAGAAAACUAACUAAAUCAAAAUUACGCAUAUCAGAAUUUGAAGACUCAACUUAACACUUUUUGUUUUGAAAAUCUUUUUCUUUUUGGAAGAUUUUCCAAUCUAAGGGUGGGGGUGUUACGCCGUGACUACCUCACACCAUACGUGUAUUUAAUUUUUGCUGACUGUAAUAUUAUUACACCUGUGUCUCGAGACUCAUGGCAACUCCCUUACUUAUUUUUCUCAAGCGCAGUAACACAUUAAUAGCACUACUUUUGUAUUUUGAUAUUUUUUCAUUUUUUAGUCAGUCGACAGGAAACUAUCAUUGAAGUAGAAACAGAAAGAAAUAAAGUUUUCUCGAUUCAUGUGAAGAAUAAGAAUCAGAAUAUUGUCAAUAAGUUUAGA